AUGGCCAAAGCAUUCGCGGCCCACCAAGCCUCGCUCGAGAAAGAAGGCGUCUACAUCGGCGGCUGGUCGUUCCGAGACGUUCUGACGCCCAGAAAGAACGAUAAUGGCCAGUACGACACCAGCGAGGACCGCAUCCAGAACGCCACUGUCUUCACGCCGGACUGGACGGUCGACGAGGAACGGCGACUGGUGCGCAAACUCGACUUUCGCGUGCUGUUCCCGGCCUGCAUCAUCUACUUCCUCGCCUACAUGGACCGCGCCAACUUGGGGAACGUCAAGAUCCUGGGCCUGGGUACCCCGUCCUCCAUCGAGGGCGCGCUGGGCAUGAAGGGCGCCGACUUCAGCUGGGCCGUGUCCAUCACCUACUUCGCCGUCACGGCAGGUCUGUUGCCCUCCAACAUCCUCAUGAAGAAGUUCUCGGCCAAGGUCUUCUUCCCCAUCGUCAUGGUUCUCUGGGGCACCAUCGUCAUGUCCAUGGCCGCCUGCACCAACAAGGCGGGUCUCCUGGCGGCGCGCUUCUUCCUGGGCAUCCCCGAGUCCGGCGUCGUGCCCGCGUGCGUCAUGUACUUCUCCAUGUGGUACAAGCCGUCCGAGAGGGCGUUCCGGAUUGGUGUGUUUCACAGCGCCAACGCGCUGGCGUCCGCCGUGUCUGCCUUCAUCGCCGCGGGGAUCGGGCACCUGAACGGGCGUGACGGACUGGACUCGUGGCAAUGGGUCUUCAUCAUCGAAGGAGCCCUGCCCAUCGCCAUGGCGCCCGUCCUGUUCCUCCUCCUGCUGACCUUCCCGGAGACGUCCACGGCCCUGUCGGAGCGAGAGCGGUACAUCGCCAUCAACCGGUUCGGCAGGGGUUCGGCCAGAAAGACGGACGUCAGCUGGAGCUGGGCAGCGUUCCGACGCAUCUUCAAGCGUCCGUCCACGUACGUCUUCUUCAUCUCUUACGUGUCGCUGUGCAUGGUGGCCGUGGCGCAGGCCACGUUCCUGCCGACCAUCCUCAAGGUGUUUCUGGGCUACUCCACCACCAAAUCCAACCUCUACACCGCGGCCUGCAACCUGAGCAUCAUCCCCCUGUACUGGGUCUGGAGCACGCACUCCGACUGGACCCGCGAGCGCAUGUGGCACUAUUUGCUUCCGGUCGUCGCGUCCGUGCCCUGCUACGCCGUCUGGACCUAUACCUCCAUGCACCCGGAGGCGCGGGGGACGGUGAUCGAGACGACCGCGCUGUAUGGCAUGGCGUACCUGGGCCAGAUGGUCCUCGUCUCCCAGCCGAUCGUGCUGAGUUACCGCUCGUCGACCCUCUAUGGUGCGGCCGAGCAAGCUGUCGGUGUCGCUGCGGCUGUCGCUUCGUUGACAAUCGCCAGCAUCAUCGCCCCACAGAUGUACCCCAACCAAGACGCCCCGCGCUACCUGGCCGGAUUCGCCGGGACGUUGGCCCUGCUGGUCGUGUGCAUCCUCUCGUACCUGACGCUGCCGCUGUGGCUGCUGCGCGAAGCCCAGAUCCGCAAGAAGAAGACCGGCCACGCCAUGCCACUGCAGGCCAUCGAAGACGCCGAACGCAGCAUGGUCACUGACGCCGCGCACGAGUUCAUCCACCGCCUCAACGAGCAGGAGGAGAUGGAGAUGAUCGCCGCCAAGGGCGUCGAGGCCGGUGCCGCGGAGGUGCAGCAUGUCGAGCAGCCGAAAACCAUCUAG